CGUUGUUGCGCCUCUCUGCUGGCGUAGACACGCUGCAGCCGACUAGAAUGACAGCUCAAACCUGUCCACGUCAACACCAAAGAACCAUGGAUUCCACGUCUCUGGAGCCUUCGUUGUACACGGUGAAAGCUGUCUUCAUCCUAGACAACGAUGGAAACAGACUCUUAUCAAAGUACUAUGACAAAGAGCUGUACCCUUCCAUAAAGGAGCAGAAGAACUUUGAGAAGAACGUUUUCAACAAGACGCACAAAGCCGACAACGAGAUAGCGCUGUUGGAGGGCAUGACCAUCGUGUACAAGAGCAGCAUCGACCUGUUCUUCUACGUGGUGGGCAGCGUGCAGGAGAACGAGCUCAUGCUAAUGGCUGUGCUGAACUGCCUGUUUGAGUCACUCAGUCAUAUCUUGAGGAAAAACGUGGAGAGAAGGUGUCUGCUUGACAACAUGGAAGGAGUCUUCUUGGUGGUGGAUGAGAUUAUAGAUGGAGGGGUCAUCCUGGAGAGUGACCCCCAGCAGGUUCUCCAGAAGGUCAACUACAGGAUUGUCUCAGAGCAAAACGACAGCUUCGCCCUCAUUGAUUACAUCACGGGUCACAUUGAUGGGCAGAUGGAGAGAAACCAGCUCUUGUAGCCACUCAGGGAGAGAGAGAGAGGGUGAGCAUAAGGGAGAGAGAGAGAGAGAGAGAGAGAGAGAGAGAGUGUGUGAGAGACAGAGAGAGAGAGGGUGAGAGAGAGAGUGUGUGAGAGACAGAGAGAGAGAGGGUGAGAGAGAUUGAGAGAGAGAUUGAGAUCGAGUCAAGAAUGCACCCAGCUCAGGUAACUGCAUGGUGAGAAGAAGCAUGCAAUGUUGUCACCUCUAGAUAACUGCUGGCUGUGUGGGCAGAGUUGAUAUUUAAUAUUUGAGCGAGGGAGGGGCCCCCCUCCUGCCCCCCUGUGUCCCCGUCAUGGCUGCCCCUCUGCUUCCUGUUCCUGUGGCUGUGCUUUGUCUGUCUGUGUGUGUGUGAGAACUGUGAAACCCCCUCCUCAGGUAUGUAAGAGGCCACCCCCGUCAAAGAAGAGCUAGCUUUUCUUUGGCGUAGUUGGUAGUGGUCGCGCUUGGCAAGUCCGAGGCCGAGCGUUCGAAUCCCGUGAGUCCCGUGAGACCCCCUGGUUGUCACUGGUGGGGGACAACUUGUUUACUGUUUGCUUGUUGUGUGUGUGUGUGUGUGUGUGUGUUACUGUAACU